AUGUCUUGCGCCCCAGCAGACAACACCAACAUCAUGGCGCAAUCGGGUGUCGAACAACCACCGUCGAAUGGCGAAAAAGCGUCUGCUCCUGAACCGCGUAAAUUCAAGGCCUCAGAUCUUCCUCUACCUUCGGCGACAAGAGCAGCGAUAGAAUCGCUUGCCCAUAGCUUCAAGAAAGAGGGAGCCUACGAUUCUAUUCGAAAGCAAGUUUGGGACAAGUUUGAAGCCAGCGAUUACGAGGCUCAGGUCACGAAAUCGAUUCUCGAGGUGGCCGAGCAGGAAAUUGAGCGCAACCCACAGCAGCUUCUCACACUUGAUCGGAGAAAGGCUGCGGCUCUAAUCGAUGGCGCUCUAGAGAGAUCCGGGGUUUAUCACAAAGCAGAAGAUGUCAUUAGCCAGCUGAUCGAUGUGGGCGCCAUAGAGGAGCGAAUCCGCGAAACACGCCGGGCCGAAGUCGGCGAGGAAGCAGCUGAAGCAGAAAAGGUUCGGGGCGCCAAAACAGACGAAGAAUAUGAGGCCGAGACUGAGGCUCGACGUGCGGAACGUGAAAAAGUUCGGGAAGAGCUACGACAAAAAGAGGCUGCAAUCCAGGAGGAGAAACGAAGAAUCCUUAAAGAAGAACGAAAGAAGGAGGAGCGAGAGCGAGAGAAAGCCGAAAUCAAGCGCCAGGAAGAAAGAGAUGAGCGUCGCCGAAAGCGAGAACAAGAGCGCGAGGAGCGUGAAAGACUACGAGAUAUUGAAAGAGAAAAGCGACACAAAGAGCGCGAGCGUGAGCGUGACAGGGACCGAGACCGCGAUACAAGGGAUAGGGAUAGAGAUAGGGACAGGGACAGGGAACGCGACAGAGAUCGCGACCGGGAUCGUCAUCGUGAUCAUGACAGACAUAGGGAUGAUCGGCACAAGGAGAAACCAGCGGCCUCUACAGAGCUGAAAGAGAAACUCUCUAAAGAAGAACACGAUCGACUGGAGCAAGAGGCUCUGGCCGAUUUACUCCGCGAAAGCUCCAAGCCGGCCCAAAAGCAAGAGUUGGAGGUUGAUUCAUCCCUCGCACCGCCGCCACGUAAAACGGGGCCUGUUUCGGCCAUCAACCCGAUCAGGCGAGAACGUUCGUCGAUUGCAGAGGGCCGCAAGACCAGCGAUGCAGGGCUCGGAGCUGAACGUGAUGGCCAUGGAACACCUGCACAGGCCAAGAGACCUGAAGCGGACGAUCGAAAGCCGAGUCGUAGUGCUUCUCGGAUCGUCGACCGCGAUGGGGAUCGCGAGAGAGAUAGAGAGCGUGAUCGCUUGAGGGAACGAGAUUCUCGUCGCGAUAGACGCUCAAACUCACCACACAGAGGCAUCAGUGGGUCGCGUAUUCGAGACAGACGUGACAGAAGCCGGUCUCGAGCUAGACGGGAGAGGAGUCGUUCACGAACUGGCAGAGAGGACCGUGCGGUUAGAAGCCGAUCACGACCCAAGUAUGACCACUACGAGCGAAGUAGAUCCCGAAGACGUGACCGUAGCCGUUCUCGACCUAGAGUGGUCGAGCGAAGAGAGAGAAGCCGAUCAAGACCUAGACCCGAGCGCCGAGAUCGAAGCAGAGACAGAAGGGACCGCUCACGACUGCGCUCUGAUAGACGGGAAAGGAGUCGUUCUCGCACUCGACGUGAUCAAAGCAGGUCUCACGACACUCGUCUUGGUGGAGCUGACCAUUAUGACCCUCGAGAAAGAGACCGUGAACGAGACAUAGAUCGACCUCGUGACCGAGAGCGCGACCGCGAGAGAUCUCCUCUGAGACGGAGAAGCCGAGAAAGGCUUCGUGAUGACCGUGACCAAGCAAAGCCUCGCGAUAAGGAGCAGGAAAAAGCCGCCCCCCAGAAAGAACGGGAAAGAGAGAAGGAAAAACCAACUGAGCGUCGUAGUCGUUCUCCAUCACGAGCCAUUGCCACAGCCGCACGACCGAGCUCCAGCAAAGCUCAGGAUGGCCUUGAGGAGUGGAAGAUGGAAGAAGUCAGAAAGCGGGAAAAAGAAGCCAAGGCCUAUCUGGCGGCUCAGAAGGACGCCAGGAACAAAGGCCUCCCAAUCCCUGGACUCGACGACAAAAAGAGCAGUGGUGAAGUAUCUCCUGACCUACGCCGCCGCCGGAUUCAGGAUGACAUCGACAGGUAUACGCCUGGAGGCUGUGAGGAGCGGAGGAGGAGCCGUUCUCGGAGCCGCAGCCGACAACGGGAUACAACAAAAGAUCGAGACCGGGAAAGAGAAAGAGAAAGAGAAAGAGACAGAGACAGAGUUGAUCGUGAUAAGCCGAGGGGUGGAGAUAGCUAUCGUGAGCGAGAUAGAGACAGAGAUCGUGAUAGGGACCGAGACCGAAGGGACAGGGACAGAGAUCGCGAUACGGAUCGACGUGAUCGUGACAGGGAUCGUGAAAGAGAACGAUCGAGGGAUAGGAGGAACAGGCGAGAGCGUAGUCUAUCUCCUCGACGAGAAAGGCGGGGAAGUAGAAGCCGCCGUUGA